CUUGACUGUAGCGCAGUGGAAACACAGGGAGAGCAGCAGUCGAGGCGUGGGUGAGUGAACAUCAUGGGAUAUGCCCUCAGCGAAUGAACUACAGCAGUCCGGAGCUUCAUCCCAGAGCGCGCAGACUUCUGCUGCUGAACCUCACUGGACAAUACAACAGCACUGAGGCUGAGAAUACACGGUCCUGAUUUAAAGUUUAGAAUAAUGAGAGUGGAUUUUUCUGCUAGUUGGAUAUUUCAAGGAUGGAUCACACACUUGGUUCUGGUUCUGUGCACGCAGGCAGGACUGGCCGUAAGCUGUCAACAAAAUGAAUAUGAGCACAAUGGGGGAUGCUGCGGAAAAUGUGAACCAGGGAAAUACGUUUUCGCCCAUUGCGACAGCAGCUCGAGCACAAAGUGCCGUGUUUGUGGCCUUGAAGAAUACCAGCCGCACUGGAACAGUGACACUAAAUGUAUUCCUCAGAAGUUCUGCGAUGAGGGUAAAGGAUUUAACCGCACUCGUUUACACAACCCUACAGCGGAUGAACCUUGCCAGUGCAAGCAGGGUUUCCACUGCUCUCUGAUCAACUGCGAAUACUGUGAGGCCAUUCAAAAAUGUCCUGCAGGAGAAGGAAUCGUAAUGGGGGAGACGGGCAGAGCUUCCUGUGUACCUUGUCAAUAUGGAUAUUUCUCAGAUUCAAUAUCAGUAGAAGCCUGCAAGAAAUGGACAGAUUGUAAAGCUAUCGGCAAGACCGAGAAACAGCCAGGAAGCUCUAAGACAGAUGUGGUGUGUGGAGUCCAUUCUCCUGGCAUGACACCCUGGGUGCUGGUGGCCAUCCUCUCGGUCAUCAUUGUGGUGUCCCUGGUUGUUCUCUUCUUGUUUUGCUGCAAGGAUAAGCUGAACUUCAUCUCAGUAAAUCUACGCACUUGCGUCCAAAACCUGAAAGGAAGUAGGAACCAACAGGAAACUGGGACUUCAUACCACGGUGGCAACGGUCCACAAACCCUCCCUCUGAUUUGCCAAGAACUAACCCCCCCAGAGCCCCUGAUCACACAUCCCAGCACCCAAUUAACCAUUCUUGAUGAAACCUCGACUUCCACGGACCGGGAACAGGACCAGGACCAGGACCAAGCCGAAACCUCAUCAGGCAGCUCCAGCGAGGACUCCGGAGUUGGGUCUGUGUCUCCUCUGUCAGGCAGCUCCUGCAGCUGUGCGCUUCCCUUGAAGGAGCCCAUGGAGGUCGGAGAGAACGAGGACUGCAGUCAGCUGGUGGCCACUGGUUUGGCGACAUGCUGCUCCUGCAGGACAGGAGACGCCAUUGGAGAAAACAUGCAGACCGUCGACCUGAAAGAACCUCUGCUGUGUGAGAGCUGCUCGUCAGACGUCCUUCCAGCCUGCGAUUACGUGGGUCUGCAGCGCUCCCAGGAACUCUGUCUGGACUAUAGCAGCCCUGCUGGCAAAGAAGCCAUGUCAGAGAUGAGAGGCAUCUAUGGGGAGCGAGGUCCGGUUGAAGGGCUGUAUAGACAGAACGAACCUUGUUGCUGCAGCAUAGACUCCACCACCGUCCCACCUCUGUCAUCGGUCAGCUCUAAUGAACAGGGUCUUUCACUGAUCCACAGCGGUGAUCACAAACUGUCCGACCCCGAUGCAGACUUCCAGAACCAGUGCUCAGAAUCCGCUCUCACAUCUGGUCAGGUGACAGGAAACAACAACACUACUUUUAUCUCCAGCGGGCAGGUGAUGAACUUCAGCGGUGAGGUCAUCGUGGUGUACGUCAGUCAAACGUCCCUGGGGAGCAGCGAAGGAGCAGACGAACCCUUCAGCUGCCCGGUUCAGGAACAAUCCAACGAUGACAGUUUUCAAAGUGAGCCCAAAUCUAACAUAACCACAACACGGCAGGCCAAGAGCAGGAACGGACACCUGGAGAAACACCUGCCCGUGCAGGAAAUGACCAACGACUGCUCCUGGCAGAAAUAAAGAGCUGCAAACAUUUCCUACUA